AUGGAAGGAGGGGUCACAGAUGACGACACGGUGAAGAGAUACUACGCCAAGUUCGAGGAGAGGUUUUUCCAGACCUGCGAGAAGGAGCUCCUGAAAAUCAACACAUUCUAUUCAGAAAAGCUUGCUGAGGCCCAGAGACGUUUUGCCACGCUGCAGAACGAGCUUCAGUCUUCACUGGACGCUCAGCGUGAAAGCAACGCACCGCCUGGCCUGCGCAAACGCAAGACGGUGUUCCACCUGUCACAGGAGGAGCGCUGCAAACACCACAAUAUCAAGGACCUGAAGUUAGCCUUCAGCGAGUUCUACCUCAGCCUCAUCCUUCUCCAGAACUACCAGAACCUGAACUUCACUGGUUUUCGUAAGAUCCUGAAGAAACAUGACAAGAUCCUGGACACUCCUCGCGGGGCUGACUGGCGCGUGGCUCACGUGGAGGUGGCGCCGUUCUACACCUGCAAAAAGAUCACACAGCUCAUCUCUGAGACAGAGACCCUCGUCACCACAGAGCUGGAGGGAGGAGAUCGUCAGAGAGCCAUGAAGAGACUGAGAGUUCCUCCACUGGGGGCAGCUCAGCCGGCUUUGGCCUGGACGACCUUUCGUGUUGGUCUCUUCUGUGGCUUCUUUAUCAUUCUUGCCAUCGCCUUUGUUCUCACUGGUGCUGUUUUCAUCCGUUACGAGAACAUGUGGCCUCUGGUGCGAAUCUAUCGGGGUGGUUUUCUGUUGAUCCAGUUCCUCUUCCUGUUGGGCAUUAACACUUACGGAUGGAGGCAGGCAGGAGUCAACCAUGUCCUCAUCUUCGAGAUCAAUCCCCGCAACAACCUCUCACACCAACACCUGUUUGAGAUCGCUGGUUUCCUGGGUGUGCUGUGGUGUCUCAGCAUCCUCUCUUGUCUCUACUCCGAGUACACGUACCUCCCCAUGCAGGUCAACCCGCUCAUCCUUUAUGGCUUUAUGGUGCUUUUCCUUAUCAACCCGUUCAAGACCUGCUACUACAAAUCACGUUUCUGGCUCCUCAAGCUGCUGUUUCGCGUGUUCACUGCGCCAUUUCACCGCGUGGAGUUUGCAGACUUCUGGCUGGCUGAUCAACUGAAUUCUCUGGUGGUUGUUCUGAUGGACCUGGAGUAUCUCAUCUGCUUCUACAUCUUUGAGCUACAGUGGAACAACAGUAAAGGCCUGCUGCCCGUUUUUAAAGACCCCAAUGACUACGUUUGCCACAGCUAUUCUUACGGUCUGCGUGCCAUCAUCCAGUGCCUGCCUGCCUGGUGCCGCUUCAUCCAAUGUCUGAGGCGUUACCGUGACACCAAGAGGGCCUUCCCGCACCUGGUGAAUGCUGGGAAAUAUUCUACCACCUUCUUUGUCGUCACGUUUGCUGCGCUCUACGCCACACACAGAGAGCAAGGACAUACAGAUGCCGACACGUUCUUCUACAUGCUCAUCGUGUUCUCGACCAUCAGCUCCCUGUACACACUGAUCUGGGAUCUGCGUAUGGACUGGGGUCUGUUUGACCGUGGAGCGGGAGAAAACACCUUCCUCAGGGAGGAGAUUGUUUAUCCACACAAGGCCUACUACUACUGUGCCAUCAUAGAGGACGUGAUCCUGCGUUUUGCCUGGACGAUCCAGCUCUCUCUGAUGACAACGACCAAGAUCCACUCUGUGGGCGACAUCGUCGCCACUGUGCUGGCCCCGCUCGAGGUCUUCAGGCGUUUUGUGUGGAACUUCUUCCGUCUGGAGAACGAGCACCUGAACAACUGUGGUGAGUUUCGUGCGGUGCGGGACAUUUCUGUGGCGCCGCUCAACGCAGACGACCAGACGCUGCUGGAGCAGAUGAUGGACCAGGACGAUGGCGUUCGCAACCGCUCCGGUAAAAAGACUUGGAAGAGGUCCCACAGCCUGUCUCUCCGACGCCCCCUACUGUCCUCCUCACAAUUGAAAAAGGACACAAAGGUGCUUAUUGAAGACACGGAUGAUGAGGCCUUCAGCUGAGUCCACAACGUCCAUGCGCACACACGUGCACACACACACACACAUAGACAUACUAUACUUAUAUGGACCUCAGUCACUAACUUUCAACCUCAACCUUCUCUCCUCUGUAGUUCUUUCUAGGUGUAGUGAUCCUAACCCUUAAGUGUAAACCUUUAAAUCAGCAAAGACUGUCAGUCUGGAUUUACCUCAGCCUUACAUGGUCUUUAUAAGUAUAAGUAUAAGUAUACACACACUGUACAUUACACACACACACGCACGCAGAUACACCUGCUGAAGCACAAACACUGUAAUACUUGCCACAGUUUAGACGAGAGCUAACACCACAGAGACAGAUGGACAGACGUCAUGGGAAAACUUCUGCACUCAGACCACACUGCCCUGAGAUUACCCUCUUAUUUUCUAACCGAUGUUUUCCUAUUUGUUGUUUACCUUGCAAUAUUUCUGUUCCGUUAGAUUUUCCUUUUCUCGCUUUACGUACUGUAGGAGAAUCUGUACAGACAGGCCGGCUACACACAACUGUUUACACGCCUUUUUCAACUACUCUAGGAUCAACAGGGAAACAACGAAGUCAAUCAAAGGACUGAAUAUGAAUCAAUAGAAGCCUGAGUAAGGGCUCGACACAUCACAGCAUAUCAAAACAAAUCAACUGGUUUCAGCUUGUUGAUUCUUUUUAUACUCCAUCCUUUUUUUCCUUCCUUUUUUUUCCUGCUGAUUUGUAAUAUGUGUACAAUCACAGUCCUUGCAGAAGCACUUGCAGGAAAAGUGCAUUUUAAUACGCAAAGCAUGAGAGCAGUUUUGAUUCAAGCAUUUCUAGUCUGUGAAGUUGACAAUAUACUUCAUAAAUAUUAAUAUUUGAUGUGCAUUAUUACUCUAUUAGUAGUUGUGCAGUACUUCUACAUGUGUUGUUUAUACUAGUGAGACUAGUAGAGCAUCCACAAGAUGAUUGUUGAUGGGUUUUUUUUAAUAAUCUUUGGAAUGUUUUUUCUUAGUGUUUUUUUUCUUACAUGUGCCAAAUGUUUUGAUAAGCUUGUUGUCAGACAAACCCUAAAAUUAGAGAAAAGAUGACAUUUAUCAUGUCAGGUCAUCUUUAAGUGCCCUGUUAGCCACAGUCUGUUAUAUGUGCAUUGCUAAUCUUUGCAUUAACUACCAAAGCUUUGUUUUAAUGAAUGUGUCUGUAGCCACCUGCCCUAGUGAGUCACAUGUAACAAAUCAAAAAUGUGUCUCCCUGUCUCUCAUCCGGCUAUUUUAGCAGUCAGCCUCUGUCUUGUGGGAAAAGAAGUAGAAUUACUAGUAUUUCUCUAGGUGUAUGUGAAGUAUAGAAUGAUAAGAUUUUGAGUCCUCAGUGUAAUGUAUAUGCCAGAGGCAUUAAUUGUGCAGAUAAAUAUCAUUUGGGGCAGUUUGUAUUGAUGUAGGCUACUUUUUGUACUAUUUAGGUAGAUUCAGCCAAAUUGAAAACAUUUCAGGCUUCAUUACAAUCUAGACAACUAUUUGUUUUGUUAUGACAAUGAAAAGGUGUGAGCUUAAAAACCCAAUCAAAUGAAAUAAGAGUGCUACUCGGUUGUAGUCAGAUCUGGCAACACCACAUAAGCUCACUGAAAGUUCUUAAACAGUAAAUAUGUGUAAAGCGUGACAUGUCUUACAGCUCUUGUCUGACUUUGGGCUCCUGAAUAAGUGACCUAAAGGCAGGUUUCCCCACAUUCACCAUUAUUAUCACAAGUUUGUGUGACUCUAAUUGUAAUCUUUUUUCUUUUUUUUAACAUAAUCCUAUUAAUCGUAGAUAAGAAAGUAGGAAAAUGUGCUGUACAUCUGACAAACACUCGCGUUAUUCUCAAACCAUCAGCUCACAUUUUAGGAGAGCUGUAUGUUAUAAAAAUUAUAAGUCUGUUGCGGCCUGUGGCUUUUAGAGAACCAACACCAGCCUCACUGCUGGUAUGUGCUUCGCUUCAUCGUCUUGCUUCAGUCUCUGCUCUGCUGUUCGUCCCUGUGGCGGCAUGGAGCAAUCAGUCGUAAGACAAAGCCAAGAAAGCUACUGUUUUUGUUUCAACUGAAUCAGCUAAACGACUGUACGGUCUAUGUGUGGAAAUGUGAAGUGAAAACACAGAAAGCAGAAAUGUUGUGUUGGACUAUAUUUAGAAGAUGGGUAGCUUCCCUGUCUAAUGAAGUACACUGGACACAUCCCAUAAAUGUAUACAGACAUUAGACAUGCACACACACACACACAGCUCACAUUGACUCCAUGUCAGGGCGCACAACACUACUGCAGAUAGUUUUGUAAAAAAGCUUCUGUUGUCUUGCCUGCAUGCUGCUUUUUAUUUGACAUUGUACAUAGAUCUUAAUUUAUUUGACAUGAUGUGUAUAUUAGUGGUCAUUGUAGCUACUGCCACAAUGUUUGAUUUCAUGCGUUGCCAUUUUGUUGCUCCAAGGAAAAGCAGUAUUUUGUAGAUGAGGAGGAACCCUAAUGUUUAUCGUUAAAGAUUCUGCACUUUCGUGUGUAAAUCUGUUGAAAGUCUGUUUAUAUAAAAGUAGAAAAGCAUAUCCAUAGAAAUGGAGAAUGUGAUUGUUUGUGUCUUGUCGGUGAUGCCUUCUUAUUUCAAGGCUUCGUCCUUCGGGGGCGGGGUUAUUUCCUGUGUCCAGAAGCUGUAAUCCUGUUUGUACAUUUGUGAAUGUGCAUGAAGACAUUGUGUACGUUACAUCUGUUGUUGUAAACUGCCCCUGCAGACAGAAGCACUUGACAUACUGUAGUCAGGAGCAGGAGCCCAGUCCAGUGAGGACCCACAACCAGAUACUGUCCAGCUGAUCCCACAUCAGCCUCUUCUCUCUCAUGAGCAGCAUUUUUGGGAUGCUUCUCUGUGAGAAAACAAAUGUUUUUGUGACCAGAGUCUAUUCACACAUGGUUAGUAUGUGGAACCUGCAGGUGGUUACAAAAACAGGGUUAUUUUGUAAAGUUUGUGUUCAAUGAGAUGAUGAUGAUUGUGAUUAGACCUAACACCUCUUCUUCCUCAUUGGUGAUUUUUUGUUUCUACUGCUUGCUGAAACCCCACUGAUGUUAAAGUGUUUGAUGUGUGCAUCCUCCUGCUCUCCCUCCCUUUCCCGCCAUCCUUCGAUGUUGAUUGUACCUUCCCUCUAAUCUAGCUGAACGUUAAUAGUACCUGUAGUUUGGUAGAUGGAUGUUCCACUUUAAUAAGAUACUAAAAAAAGAUACCUGAAGAAAUAUAUUGUGGCUUAAUGUGAUUUCAAGAGACAUGAAGAGAGGAAAAUGUCUUACCGUCUGAACCAUCCUCCCCCAGUCCCUUUUACAUAGUAGUUUGUACAUGUCGAGUGUAUAACACUGUUCUAUGAUGGUUUUCCUAAUGUAUUUGUAUUUCUGUAAACACUUUGGUGAUCCUGUCAUAUCUGGGUUUUAUAAACCACGAUUAUUUUUAAAACUC